AUGGCCAGUCCUGGGAACAGAAGAGGGAUCUACAGCCUCUGGAGCCUCACCUGCUCUCUGCUCAUUGUGGGAAUGUGCUGUGUGUCUCCUUUCUUCUGUCACAGCCAGACAGACCUUCUGGCUCUUAACCAAGCUGAUCCUCAAUGCUGGGAAUCUUCUUCAGUGCUCCUCCUGGAAAUGAGAAAGCCUCGAAUUUCCAACACUGUUUCAGCUUUCUGGAAUUUUAUGAUCUACCUGAAGUCAUCAGAGAACUUGAAGCAUGGGGCUCUAUUUUGGGAUCUGGCCCAGCUCUUCUGGGACAUCUAUGUGGACUGUGUCCUUUCCAGAAACCAUGGCUUAGGAAGAAGGCAGUUGGCUGGAGAGGAAGAAAAGAUCUCAGCAGUGCAUCCACAUGACAAAGGGAGAAAACAAGGUGCAUAUUCUCUUCAACUAAGAACUCCUUUCCUGAAGAAGAAAGAAUUGAUUGAAGAUUUGAUAAAUAUGUACAUACGCAGGAGUGGGUCUAAGUUCACUGGGAAAGUGACCAGUGGUCUGGAAAUAAAGAGAAAAUAA